AUGCUUGAGGCUCAGGUUCUGCACGCUAACUUGUGGAAGCGUCUCAUUGAAUGCAUUAACGGUCUUGUUAAUGAGGCGAACUUCGAUUGUAAUCCCGGUGGCCUCUCCAUUCAAGCUAUGGAUACGAGCCACGUUGCCCUCGUGCACAUGCUGCUUCGCGAUGAUUGCUUCACGAAGUACCAGUGUGAGCGCAACAGUGUCCUCGGGCUUAACCUCGCUUCCCUUUCCAAGGUGUUGAAGAUUGUGGAAGCAACUGAUAGCCUAACGCUCCGCCACGAAGAUGAUUCCGACGUUGUCACACUAACAUCGGAGAAUGGAGAGAGGUCUCGCAAGUGUGAGUAUCAACUCAAAUUGCUGGAGAUUGAGACUGAGGCUAUGGGUAUUCCUGAGAUGGAUUACAAAUCCAUUGUGACCCUAAGUUCCCAGGAAUUUGCCAAAAUCGUCCGCGACAUGACCGUUUUUGGUGAUACUGUCAACAUUGAGAUUCUCAAGGAGAGCGUUAAGUUCAGUUCGUGUGGCGAUGUGGGCGAAGGUUACGCGUUGCUGCGGGCGAGCCAUGCCCCAACAGUUGACCCCCGAUCAAAAGGUGAGUCGGAUGUCAAAACAGAAGAUGAAGAGGCUGACGCUUGCAGUGUCCGCACUCAUUCAGCAAAAGGGAAGGAUGGGCCACUGGGUAUUGGUGUUGAUGUCCGCACUAAUGAGCCUAUCACGCUGUCAUUCGCCCUGCGAUUCAUGAACAUAUUCGCAAAAGGGGCAACACUUAGUGACCGCGUGUCGCUCAAGUUCGCCAAGGAGAGUCCUUGUAUGGUGGAGUACAGCAUUGAUCAAGUUGGGUAUCUCCGUUACUAUCUUGCUCCAAAGGUGGACGACGCCGAGUAA